AUGGCUAUUCCAAGUUCUGCCAAUGUAUCAACCACAGCUCGACCUGGUCUCACACGCACCGACAGCACCAUCCAAAUUCCUGCACCCCCAGUCACUAGUCCUCCCAUUCUAGGAGAAGUGCCGCCGAGCGAUGUCGUCCUUGAGCUCAAUGAUGGCUCAGCUUUCAGCGGCAUAAGCUUCGGUGCGGAGGGGAAGAGUGUUGCGGGAGAAUGCGUCUUUCAGACUGGCAUGGUGGGUUAUACCGAGUCGUUGACGGAUCCCUCAUACGAGGGCCAGAUCCUGAUCCUGACUUACCCACUGAUUGGAAACUACGGGGUACCUACUCGCACAGACUCAUUGGACCACCUCCCAAAAGAAUUCGAGUCUAGUCGGAUUCACAUCGCAGCUUUGGUGGUCGGUUAUUACACCGACGACUUCAGUCACUUCUUGGCGAAAUCAUCCCUUGGGACAUGGCUCAAAGAGAAUGGUGUACCUGCGAUGUAUGGCAUCGAUACACGAGCGCUUACGAAGAAAAUUAGAGAGAAGGGCUCCAUGCUUGGAAAGAUUCUCGCUCGGCGGCCCGAUGCCUCUCCUGGUCGGGUCAGGGCUCUGGUGGCAGCUUCUGCAGCCCCAUCUCGCGCCGCAUCCCCUUCACUCACCCCUUCCUGGCGAGAAGAUUACAUGGACAUACCGUUCUCUGACCCUAACCAAAUCAACUUGGUUGCCUUGGUCUCGACGUCACGUCCUCGCUUAUACGCACCAACGACAGAGCCACGCGCGCAUCCAUCAGGUCGCCCGUUGAGGAUCUUGGCGAUUGAUGUUGGCAUGAAGUACAACCAAAUUCGAUGCUUCAUCGACAGAGGUGUCGAGCUCAAAGUGGUCCCUUGGGACUAUGACUUCCUUCUCGAAGCUGAGCCUUACGAUGGCAUAUUUCUUUCAAAUGGUCCCGGCGACCCGACAACUCUACAAUCCACCAUCUCGAAUCUGUCCAAAGCUAUGGAAAAAGCCGAUAGGCCAAUCUUCGGUAUAUGCUUAGGGCAUCAGUUAAUGGCCCUCGCAGCUGGUGCCACUACAUCGAAAAUGAAAUACGGUAACAGAGGGCAUAAUAUCCCAUGUACCGAUGCCAUGUCGGGUAGAUGUUAUAUUACCAGCCAGAACCACGGUUUCCAGGUCGAUAGGAGCUCAUUACCGGCUGGGUGGAAAGAACUCUUUCGGAAUGCUAACGACGGGAGUAACGAGGGAAUAUACUGUAUAGACAAACCUUUUUUCUCCGUUCAAUUCCACCCGGAAUCCACACCUGGACCUCGCGAUACCGAAUUCCUCUUCGAUGUCUUCAUCCAAAACAUCGCUGACUGUGCCGCCACUAAUACACUCUCCCCCAUCGUUAUGCCGGGCGGGAAGAAGCAGGAUAACGAUAAACGCGUACCGAGAGCCAAUGUGAGCAAGGUCAUCAUUCUUGGUUCGGGAGGCCUGUCAAUCGGCCAAGCUGGAGAAUUCGACUAUUCUGGCUCACAAGCUAUCAAAGCGCUCAAAGGGGAGGGCAUCUAUACCAUCAUGGUUAAUCCGAACAUUGCGACGAUCGCCACUUCGAAAGGCCUUGCUGAUAAGGUGUACUUUCUACCUGUCACACCCGAAUUCGUUCGUAAAAUCAUUCACUACGAAAAGCCCGACGGUAUAUACGUGACCUUUGGUGGCCAAACGGCACUCAACGUGGGCAUUAAACUGAAGGACGAGUUUGAGGCGCUAGGCGUCCAGGUUCUUGGCACACCUAUAGACACGAUAAUCACCACCGAAGACAGGCAACUAUUUGCCAGCGCGAUGGCCGAAAUCGGCGAGAAAUGCGCAGAGAGCUCUACUGCGACCAAUCAGGACGAAGCAGUUGCAGCCGCGAGAUCCAUCGGUUUUCCUGUCAUUGUUCGAGCCGCAUAUGCACUCGGCGGCCUUGGGUCAGGCUUCGCUCAAGAUGAGGCUCAACUAAAAGCCUUAUGUGCCAAAGCCUUCGCCACGAGUCCUCAAGUGCUCGUUGAGAAGAGCAUGAAAGGGUGGAAAGAAAUAGAGUACGAAGUUGUGAGGGAUUGUCGGGAUAAUUGCAUUACUGUGUGCAAUAUGGAGAAUUUUGACCCUUUGGGCAUCCACACAGGAGAUUCUAUUGUCGUAGCGCCUUCUCAGACCCUCUCCGACUCCGACUACAACAUGCUACGGACGACUGCCAUCAACGUCAUUCGCCACCUCGGGGUCGUUGGUGAAUGCAACAUACAAUACGCGUUGAAUCCGACAUCCCAGGAAUAUUGCAUUAUAGAGGUCAAUGCACGCCUGUCUAGGUCCUCAGCCCUCGCAUCGAAGGCAACAGGAUAUCCUCUUGCAUUCAUCGCAGCAAAACUCGGCCUGGGCAUCCCACUAAACGAAAUCAAGAAUUCGGUCACCAAGGUCACAAGUGCUUGCUUUGAACCCAGUUUGGACUAUGUCGUAGUCAAGAUGCCUCGUUGGGAUUUGAAAAAGUUUAGCCGCGUCAGCCGCCUGUUAAGUAGUAGUAUGAAGAGCGUAGGAGAGGUCAUGAGCAUCGGGCGCACGUUCGAAGAAACCAUCCAGAAAGCUAUCCGUGCAAUUGACGACCAGUUCACAGGCUUUGCAAAUAACGACUUUGUGGAGAACAUCGACGAAGAGCUAGUCAAUCCCACCGAUAAACGCAUCUUCGCUAUUUCGGCCGCCUUUCAUCGCGGAUACUCCGUUGAUAAGAUUUGGCAAAUGACGAACAUAGACAAGUGGUUCUUGACAAAACUUCAACGUAUCUUCCAAAUGGAACAGCAUCUUUCGACUUUGAACGUCUCCACCAUUGAGUCUCGCGUCCUACGACAAGCUAAACAACUUGGCUUCUCCGAUAGGCAGCUGGCGAACUGCUUAGAAUCCACCGAACUUGCGGUUCGCAGGAGACGACAAGAAUCUGGCAUCUCUCCCUUCGUCAAGCAAAUAGACACGGUUGCUGCCGAGUUCCCCGCGUUUACAAACUACCUAUACACAUCAUACAAUGCUGUUGAACAUGACAUCACAUUCGAUGACCGUGGGGUGAUGGUUCUUGGCUCUGGGGUCUACCGUAUUGGUUCAUCCGUCGAGUUCGAUUGGUGCGCUGUUCGCGCUAUACGGACCUUGCGCGACCAGGGGUUCCCCACCAUCAUGGUCAACUACAAUCCAGAGACAGUCAGCACGGAUUACGAUGAAGCUGAUCGACUCUACUUUGAGAAUAUUAGCUUGGAAACGAUCUUGGACAUUUACGACACGGAACGUUCGAGGGGUGUCAUCCUUGCCAUGGGUGGGCAGACUCCUAACAACAUUGCUUUACCGCUAUAUCGCCAGAACGUCAAGAUUUACGGGACCUCGCCUGAAAUGAUCGACACUGCCGAAAAUAGGUACAAGUUUUCUCGCCUGCUGGACGAGAUCGGUGUCGAUCAACCACAGUGGAAGGAACUCACCAGCUACGAUGAGGCCCUGGAAUUCUGCGACAAGGUGGGCUACCCCGUUCUUGUUCGACCUUCAUACGUACUUUCGGGGGCUGCCAUGAACGUUGUUUCCACUGGGGAUGACCUAUCCAAUUACUUGACACAAGCAACUGCUGUCUCCCGAGAUCACCCAGUUGUCAUCACCAAGUACAUCGAACAGGCGAAGGAAAUCGAAAUGGACGCUGUCGCGAAGGGUGGCAAAAUGGUUAUGCACUUCAUUUCCGAACACGUCGAAAACGCUGGAGUCCACUCUGGGGAUGCUACGCUUAUCCACCCUCCGCAAGAUCUUGACCCUCAAACAGUACGCCAAAUCGAGGAAGCAACAGCCAAAAUUGGCAAUGCGCUAAAUGUCACCGGGCCCUUCAAUAUUCAGUUCAUUGCCAAGAAUAACGAGAUCAAGGUAAUAGAAUGUAACUUGCGAGCCGCGCGAUCGUUCCCAUUCGUAUCGAAAGUCACUGGUGUCGAUGCCAUAGAAAUGGCGACCAAAGUUAUGAUGGACUUGCCUGUAGAGCCCUAUCCCGACCUUGGACUCCCCUCGGAUUAUGUUGGGGUGAAGGUUCCCCAGUUUAGCUUUAGCCGUUUAUCAGGCGCAGACCCGGUUCUCGGCGUGGAGAUGGCCUCGACGGGCGAGGUCGCUUGCUUUGGUCAUGAUAAAUACGAAGCAUAUCUAAAGGCCCUCAUAUCUACUGGCAUCGUGCCGCCCAAGAAAAACAUCCUCUUUUCCAUUGGAAGCUACCGGGAAAAACUAGAGCUACUGCCGUCUGUCCAAAAGCUCAGUGCUUCUGGCUACAAUAUCUUCGCUACUUCUGGCACCGCCGAUUUCUUAACUGAACACAACGUACCAUGCAAGUAUCUCGAGACUCUGGGCGAGGAUAGCCGGGAUAAGCAAAAGACCGAGUAUUCUUUGACCCAGCAUCUGGCCAACAACCUCAUAGACAUGUACAUCAACCUCCCCUCGAAGAAUAGCUAUCGUCGGCCUGCCAGUUAUUCCAGUAAGGGUUAUCAUACCCGUCGCAUGGCAGUGGACUUUGCCGUGCCGCUGAUCACAAACGUCAAGAAUGCGAAGAUGCUAGUUGAAGCGCUUGUCCGCAAACUGCCUUUGGACGUCUCUGCAGUGGAUGCUAAGAGCUCGCAUACAACCCACAUAUUCCCUGGACUCAUUAACAUCUCUUCCUUCGUGUCGAAUAUCUCUGCUCCUGGGUCCAAUGAUCUCGCAAUAUCAACGCAAGCCUCUAUCAGUUCUGGCUUCACCACUUCUAUCGUUUUACCUAUUGGGCAAGACAACAUGAUCUUUGAUCGCGAUACAUUGAAGGAGGCGCGAUCUAACGUGAACGCACGUGCACACUGCAAUUACUCGCUUGGCUUUACGGCGACCCCCGAUAACAUACAAACUCUCGAUGACGAAUUACAGGCAGAGGCGAAGUUUCUGUUCAUUCCGUUUGGCGUCGGUGGUGCACCAACCCCCCUCGCUGUUGCUGCUUCGCACUUCUCUUCGUGGCCAAUGGACAAGCCCAUAGUCUCCGAUGCUAAAGGAUCCGAUCUCGCAUCAGUUCUACUUCUGGCUAGCCUCCAUAACAGAAGCAUCCAUAUCACGGACGUCUGUUCCAAGGAGGACCUUGAUCUGAUUUCGCUGAGCAAGGCGAGGCAGUUAAAAGUAACCUGCGACGUUUCUGUGUAUUCGCUAUUCUUCACCAGGGAGCAAUAUCCGAAGUCUACUACCCUUCCCUCAGAAGAAAACCAUAACGCUCUAUGGAAAAGGUUAGACACCAUUGAUGCUUUCUCCGUCGGCAUGACUCCAUUCCGGUUGGCAUCUGAGGUUGGAGAGGUUUAUUCACCAUGGUCUGGCACCGAGGAGACGCUCCCUUUGCUGCUUACAGCUGUCGAGAAUGGUCGCCUAACACUUGAAGACAUACGCUUACGACUUCAUGAUAAUCCUAUACAUAUCUUUGGUCUCCCUGACCAAGCCAAUACACACGUUGAAGUAGUGAUCGGCCGAAAGGCGGUCUUUGGGAAGCGACCUACGUGCUGGUCGACCAUCGAGCAAACCUCUGUCGCGGGCGCAAUUCAUCGUGUUGUUGUACACGGACAGACUGUUUUCCUUGACGGCCAUGUAUUCUCCUCUCCACAAGGAAAAGAUAUCUCGAGUGCAACUGUUACCCAUCCGACAACGUCUACAGCAGCAGCCACACUUGGCGCAAUCACCGCUCAAGGGCGGGAUGACCAUUUGCCAAGUCUCCCGGCGCUGUCAUCUGGGCAACCAUUAGGCGUCGGUUUGCACGGACCGCUUGCUCCUUCGCUCCAUCUACCCCAUCAACCUCAUCCUGCAUUCCACCGUCGUCAUAUACUCUCGGUCAGACAAUUUAGCCAUCGCGACAUUCAUGACCUCUUCUCCUUGGCUCACGAAAUGCAACUACAAGUCGAACGGAAUGGUACUUUGGAUAUUUUGAAAGGCAAGGUUCUUUGCACUCUUUUUUACGAGCCAUCGACACGGACCAGUUCCUCGUUUGACGCUGCGAUGAAACGAUGUGGCGGCGAAGUCGUCCAGAUCAAUGCCGAACUGUCCUCAGUACAAAAGGGAGAGACGUUACCAGACACGGUCAGGACGUUGGGUUGUUACGGUGAUGCUAUAGUUCUUCGACAUCCGGAUGUUGGCAGCGCCCAACUAGCUGCAAAAUUUUCGCCGGUGCCCAUCAUCAACGCAGGUGACGGGAUUGGAGAGCACCCCACACAGGCCCUUUUGGAUGUGUAUACGAUACGAUCUGAGCUAGGUACCGUCAACGGCCGAACAAUUACAUUGCUCGGUGAUUUAAAGAAUGGUCGCACCGUGCACAGCUUGGUAUCACUUCUCUGUCUCUACUCCGUCCGGUUGAACUUUGUUUCUCCGACAUCACUUUCCAUGCCUGCGACCGUCGUCAGCGCUGCACGGAAAGCGGGGGUUGUUGUUUAUCAGUGCGAAUCCUUGGACGAAGUGUUGGCCGAUACCGACGUCCUCUACGUUACUAGGGUGCAGAAGGAGCGGUUUGAAAGCGAACGCGAGUGGCAGCAGGUAAAAGACGCUUACAGAGUCGACCAUGCUGUUCUAUCAAGAGCAAAAGAAGACAUGAUCGUCAUGCACCCUCUUCCAAGAGUCAAUGAAAUUGACCCCGAGGUCGACUUUGACUCGAGGCGAGCUGUGUACUUCCGCCAAAUGCGCUAUGGUCUCUAUAUUCGAAUGGCGUUGCUCGCAAGUGUAAUGGGCUGA